AUCAGUCGGCUGCUGCGUGUCGCUCUCUGUGUGUCUGACAGUGUGUACACACGUUUAAAGUCCAGCUGGAUUAUCUCGAGUUUAAGGAAACGUACAUAUCCGUCUCCUCGAGGAACUGAUUCAGGUUUCUUCUCAUACAGCACGGUGAAAGAGGCUGCCUGCUCUCCUGCCGGUGUUGGUCUGAUUGCGUGGGUGUGCGCACAGAGGUGUUUGUGAGUCGCCGGGCGAAUAUGCUUGCGUGAAUGCCUCUGCAUGCGUGUGCGCCCUGGUCGGAGAGCGCGUGCCCCAUGAAACGCUCGGCGGAGAUGCAGGGAGCUCGAUCCGCCGCGAUGCGGCUCCUGCUGCUGAGCUGCUGGGUGUGUGCGGCGGCCGGCUACCCGUUCAGAACGCCCCUAGACCUGGAUGUGACUCCACGCGUCACAGUGCUCAGCAGCGGUCUCCAGGGCUGCAGGCGUUUCCAGUCCUCUGCAGUCAACUACAGCACCAUGCUGCUGGAGGCUGACAGCGAGCGUCUCUACGUCGGGGCCCGGGGGGCUGUAUUCGCCCUCAAUGCCUCUGACAUCUCAGCCAGCUCUGCUCCCACUAUCGAGUGGGAAGCCUCCCCGGAGCAAAAACGCCAGUGUCUGCUCAAGGGAAAAGACAAUAAGACGGAGUGCUUUAAUCACAUCCGCUUCCUCCAGAGGUUUAACUCGACUCAUCUCUACAUGUGUGGGACUCAUGCCUUCAGCCCCCUCUGUGCAUACAUAGAUGCGGAGAGGUUUGUGAUGGCAUCUCAGCCCGAAGAGGGCAGAGACAAAUGUCCCUAUGGCCCAGCAACAGGCUACACUGCCCUCAUCAUCGACCAGCAGAUGUAUACAGCUUCCCAGUACGAGUUCAGGAGCUUUCCAGAUAUCCGCCGCAACUCUCCGUCUCCCACACUGAAGACGGAAGACGCCCCCACACGCUGGCUGAAUGAGGCAGACUUUGUGGGUUCUGCACUGGUGAGGGAGAGCCUGGGCAGCAGCACCGGCGACGAUGAUAAGAUCUACUUCUUCUUCACCGAGACGAGCCUGGAGCAGACCCCGACCUACAGCCACAGCCAGGUGGCACGAGUGGCUCGGGUUUGUAAAGGGGACCGAGGAGGCCAUUUAACUCUCCAGAAACGGUGGACUUCCUUCCUCAAGGCCAGGCUGACGUGUUCUCUUCCCGAGUAUGACUUCCACUUCAACAUGCUGCGCAGCGUGUUCGUCAUGCCCGGCCACAUGCCGCAGGACACGCUCUUUUACGGCAUCUUCGGCCUGGAGUGGAAAAAUGUGAAGGCAUCUGCGGUGUGUCGCUUCUCGCUCUCUGACGUCCAAGAGGCCUUUCAAGGACCCUACAUGGAGAACGAGGACUCUGGCUCCAAGUGGAAGGAAUACACUGGAAAGAUCCCUGACCCACGACCUGGAACGUGUAUAACCGACGCUCUGAGGACCAGGGGCAUAAAUGUGUCCACCUCCCUGCCUGAUGAUGUGUUGGAUUUUGUCAGGAGGCAUCCUCUGAUGUCCCAGCACGUCCAGCCUUCAGACAGACGCCCCCUUUUGUUCAGGAGGACCACAGACUACACACAAAUGGCUGUACUGGUGAUCCAAGGGUUAGAUGGACGAACAUACCAUGUAUUAUACAUGGGCACAGAUGAAGGCUGGUUACAUAAAGCUGUAGAAGUUGAGGGUCAGCUGCACAUUAUCGAGGAGCUUCAAGUGUUUGAGGAACGACAGCCUGUUAACAACGUCCUGAUAUCUGCAAAACAGAUGAGUGUGUACGUGGGCUCUCCAUCGGGUGUGGCGCAGCUUCCCCUCUCCAACUGUCGCAGAUACACGUCGUGCUAUGACUGCAUCUUUGCCAGGGACCCUCACUGCGCCUGGAACGGAGCCCAGUGUGUGGACAUAAUGGCACACGCAGACAGAUCCACUUUAAUACAGGACAUCCAGCAUGGCAACAGUGGAUGCAAGAGCACACAGGAUGACGUUGCCCUGCGGAGCCGCACUGUGCGGGUGGGUGAUGAUGUGUUGCUGCAGUGUGAGCUCAGCUCCAACCUGGCGACGCCUCUCUGGACUCUGGAUGGCAGCGAGCUGCAGGGCUACGGCCUCAACUCUGGCUUCAGAACCGGCACAGACGGCCUGCUGAUCAUCGAGGCCCGGCAGGACCAAAGCGGGCUGUACGCCUGCUUCGCUGUUGAGAACAAUAUCAAGGUUGCCGUAGUUACCUACAACGUCACCGUCCGCCUGGACCUGCCUCCUCCUCCAGCUGUUGAGCCAGAUGAAGACCAUCACAGUCUCUUCCCCACCCUGCCAGCACCCACUGACCGUGCCUCCUCCGAGAGGCCCCUGCCACCACCCCCGGCCCCUCUCCUCCCCCACUCAGAGCUGCUCUCCCCCAGGAACAUGGAGGCCAUGUACCUUUCUCUCAUCACCAUCCUCGGAGGCCUGUGUGUGGUCCUCACUGUCGUCCUCGUCUACGUGGGCUUCUGCCUGCGAGUAGGCCACAGAGGGAAGUAUUCAUUACGUGCUGCAGCUGCUUCCUACCCGAACAGCAAGAGGAGCAACAGGAACAGGAAGCAGCACAGGAACUCCGCUCACAUGGAGCUGAAGACCAUCUCGAGUCACUGCAAUGGCAACGGCGUUUGUAAUGGAGUUUCAAAGCAGCAUAACGGCGGCGUCCAGGACGGAGGCUUCCUCCAAAUUGUCCCCGGUGAGGGUCACCCAUCGCCAAAUAAAGAGUCUCCUCCCCCAGCCCCUCCCCUCCCACCGACUCCGCAACUUUCCUCUCCGGAGUGUGACUUUCCCAACGGGCUGACGGCCACGCUGCCCAGCGUCCUGAGGAGGAUGAAUGGCAACAGCUACGUGCUGCUGAGGCAGAGCGAGUCUGAAAACACGUCACCGCUCUGCUACUCUUUUGCUGAGGAGCUCAACAAGAUCUUAGAGAAGAGGAAACACACUCAGCUGCUGCCCAGGCCGGACGAGAGCUCUGUGUAAACAGAUGUAGCUCCCCCUGUGGUGGGAGGACUGCUGUGUUCUUACCUGGUGCUGAAGUGCCUGUCAUAUGACUCAUUGUUGAGGACUAAAGCAAUGACAGAGUCUUAUCUACAUUCUUUAUUUUUUCCAUAUCGAAACAUUCCUGCUUUUUGAACCUUUGAGCUGUUUGUCAACCUUAAUUGCCAAAUUUCCCAACACGUGAGAAUGAGAAAUGUCAGUGAAGGACCGACCAUGUAAUCUACCUCACCUCAAUACUGCCCGGAAGUACAUGUGCAGUCAGUCUGCAGUCUUAUCCGAGUAUCAGGCCUGAGAUCUCAGAAAGAUCUCUGAUCCACAAAGCACAAAGCCGGACACACAGACUCCAACAAGGAGCAGAGCCCCACGGGGACAUAAAUACAUGUGAAGACUUCUGCUGUGUGGCGGCCAUAUUUGGCUGGAUUUCAACUGGAGGGCAGCUAGCCAAAGUUUGUUUGCACUGACAAGUGCACAGAUGGCCUAUGCAUUUUUAAAACAUGACAUUCACACAUUAUAAAUAUUGAGGGAGAUGGAUGUGGUGAGAGAGGGAAUUUGAUGUUCAGUGUUUUCACCUUUAAUACCGACUUAACCCCCUGCAAUAACCAACACAAAAUAAUCUACAGUAACUCAUGACAGCACAUAACACUUUACACCAGCCAUCAUUAGAAAAUGGUGAACAAAUCAUUAUUUAAUAUUACUAUUAUAAUAAUAAUUUGGAGUUAAGUAAUUAAAGAUUAAUGUAUUACUUUUUUACAUGAAUCAUUAAUGACAUUAUGACUUUAUUUGAUGAUUAAUGAAUAACAUUAUUAAUAAUUCAAAUCAGCAUUUGUAUGUGGUGUUAAAAUAAGUAAGAAAUUAAAUCAAUAACCUUUGACUGCCAAAGUUAACAGUUUGCUGGUAAAUACACAAACACAAAUACAUGUUGCUGUACUUGGACCCCUAAUUUACAGUUGCAGCUGAGGCUCACAAUUCAUCAUCGAUGUUUAAACUUGCAUUGUUAUGGUGAAGCCUUAUGUCGGCCAUUGAACAUGAAUUUAUACAAACAUUAUAAGGGUCCACAUUUAUAUAAAAUGCACAAGAUAUUUAAAAAAAAAGCAAAAACAAAUAAUGUUAUUUAACCUUUACAUAAUUAAAGAAAUAUUAAAUAGUGAUUAUUUCACCAAGUGUUAAUAGACAAACAGUAUUAUUGAUUUUUAUGCACUUUAAAUACCGGUUUUUGAAGCCCUUUCGGAAAGUUAAUGGACGCUUCUAUGGAAUUUGAUUCUGCAACCUGUCAAGAGGCAGCAUGCCACAGGAGCUUUUUGAUUGGCCGCAGCUGUGUCUGCUGGACCUUGUUUGACUCAAGUGGAUUAGAAGGAAAACACUGGCCGUGUCUCAGCCGAACCUGAUUCCACCACAGACGGGCUGUGGGGCACAGCGUUGGCCAAAAGCAUCCAAGGUCUGAUGAGCACGGGUCAGUUUGAAUUCCUCUCAGUUUCAUUCCAGGGGAUACCAUCUCCCCACCAGCGUCAGAUGGACCAGCUCCAAAGAUGUUCUUUUAAUGAGCAGUGAAAUGAAAUUCACCAUCAUUAGUGGACGGCGGCGCCAGAAGAGAAAGAGAGGCGGCAUAAGGGCUACAGCAUUGUCUGUGCUACAGCUCUGCUUCCCCUCGACUGGAAUGAAAAUUGUUGUCUGCAGUGUCUUACCGAGCAGCGCUUGUUCUUCACACGGCGGCUCUUUGUGUGCAGAGAGCGUCCCUGCCUCUGUUUGAUGCAAACUUGUUAGACCAAACUCGACGUAUGAUGACCUUUUUCUCACACUUGCUGCAUGAAUUAUUUUUCAACACUGCUGUUUUUUUCUUUAAGUAAAGGCAACAACAAGGAUAACUCAUGUUAAUAUUAAUGAAAAGUGCCAAGGUUGAUGUUUAAAAAGUGCUUCGUGAGCCUAUUUUACUGCAAAACCUGAAGGAAAAAGAUUUUUAAAAAGAGGCGUAUUUAUUUUGUUAUUUUGUAAGUCGUGUUUUGGAACUUAUUGUUAAUGUUUCUGUUUGAGUGCCAGUUGUGAGACACCGUCCUAACAAUAUAGGAGAAUCGCAAGUUGCCUGUGUUGCACAAAAUGUGAUGAAUAGGAGCACGGUAGCCAAAAGCAUGCAGAGGCUGUACCAGCACCACAGAACUUACUAUUUAUAACAAAUACACCAAUUUACCUAUUCAUUCAGCUUUUUCUGUCACUGUAAUGUCUAGGUAUUUGUUUUGAUCUCUAUUUGCAUGUUACACCAUGCUUGUGCACACAGCAAAUCACAUUCUUUUACUAAACUAACACAAAGAAUAACAAGGCAGCAAGUUCCUUUACAUUUCAGUCUUAAUGAGUUCAAAUAAAACUUUGUA